AUGGAAAUCUCUAAAACCAGUGUGACAACAAAACUUGACUAUGAUAGAGCAAGUGAGCUCAAAGCUUUUGAUGAAACAAAAGAUGGUGUUAAAGGACUUGUUGAUGCUUCUAUCACAAACAUCCCUCGCAUGUUCCAUCAUGAAUUUGAUAAAUAUUAUUCAUCUUCAAGUAGCACCACCAAGCUUGUUGUUCCUUCUGGUGAUCUUGUUGAUAUUCAUCAAGAUCCAACAAAAAAACAGUUGUUGAGAAAAUUAGGGAAGCAUCUGAGACAUGGGGUUUCUUUCAAGUUGUUAAUCAUGGAAUACAAGUUAGUGUUUUGGAUGAGUAACAUUGAUCUUUAUACUUCACCAGCUGCUAGUUGGAGGGAUACCUUUCACUGUUUCAUGGCUCCUCAUUCUCCUAAAGCAGAAGAUUUGCCAUCAGUUUGCAGCUGCAGAGAUAUAAUGUUGGAAUAUUCAAAGCAAGUUAUGAAACUAGGAAAUGUAUUGCUUGAAUUAUUAUCAGAAGCACUUGGAGUGAAUCCAAACUAUUUAAAUGAUAUUGGAUGCAAUGAGGGAUUUGCAAUUAAACAUACUGACAAUGACUUUCUCACUGUGCUUCUACAAGAUCAUAUUGGUGUCAUCAGCAUUGGUGAUCUUCUACAGCUUAUAACAAAUGACAAAUUCAAAAGUGUUGAGCAUAGAGUAGUGUCAAACUAUGUUGGUCCAAGAAUAUCAAUUGAAAGCCUUUUUAGCACAAGUCUUCAACCAUCAACAAAACUUUAUAUAAAAGAAUUAGUAUCAGAAGACAAUCCUCCAAAGUAUAGGGAAACUACGGUUCGUGAUUAUGUUGAAUUCUGCAUGACAAGUAGCUCUUAUGGAACAUCUCAUUUGCCAUAUUUCAAGAUUUGA